UUAGGCUGAGACGGGAAUCUAUGCCCAAGGAGUUUCACAUAAUUUAUUAACAUCUUCGGUAUUCAGUUUCAUUUGUUAAUACUAGUGUGACAUUCUUAUAUAUUUCUCUCAUUUGCUCCUCCACAGAAAAAUAAACAUGCACCUAAAAGUCGUGAUCUUCGCCCUGUCAUUCGUGACAAUUUCAGCAUACCCACUCCAACGUAACACCAGGGAAGCAACCUGGAAUCAUUCAAAAGCCAACCAGGUUCAUGACAAGACAGACUUCUCAAAGGACGUGGAUAAUCUCUACAAGAGUCACCUGGACAGUAGUAGCCUUUACAAGCAAGAGGAUGACGACGACAACAAAAACCCUGUGGCAGUGGAGAUGCAGCACAAACUCAACUUAGAGUCAGAGCGCCUGCGUAGUCGUCUGCGCCAAGAGCUGGCCGAGCUGCAGGACAGGCUGUCCACUUCUCCAGCCCAGCUCAGCUCCACCCUGGCUAGCAUGAGGGAGCGAUUGGCUCCCCUCACUCAGCACCUCCAGAGCUCUCUCAGCACCAACACCCAAGAUCUGUGUGGCCAGCUGAGCCUCUAUCUCCAGGGCCUGGAGACAGCUGAUGUCCAGACAGAGGCCAGUCCGGCUCGCUACCAGGAAACCGUCCACUGGAUGACACAAGCCCUGGAGCACAGCAGCUCCAAGCUGGCUGACAUCAUCAGCGACUUCCAUACUAAGACUGUCGGGGUGAUUGAACAUUUGACAGAGAUCCGUGCUGAUGAGGAAGAGGCAGCCAGAUUAAUGAGCUCCAGGUUCGGACAAGAAGUGAGUUUACUGAGGGUGGAGACCCAGAACAGGGUGGGGGCUCUCAAAGCAGAGUUUGCAGCUCUUCCAGAAACUGCACGGCCUCUUAAGGCUGAAGUGACAGCCAGUGUGGAGAUGUUCUGCGAAAAGGCCGCCUUGCAGAACCAAGUGUUUCAGGUCCGACUGGAGAAGCUGUUUCAGGGGCUGGAGGAGGAGUUGGAGGACCAGAGAGCCUCCAGCCUGUCUCCCUCACCCGCCUCCUCGUCCCAACAGCCUGGUGGCUCUUUGCAGGAGGACUUCUCUGCCAAACUCUCUGCUCUGAUUAAGGACAUUCUGCACUCAGUGUAGACAGAGAAAGCUGGGCUUUAUAUAUAUAUAUAUAUAUAUAUAUAUAUAUAUAUAUCAACUGUAAUUAUUGCCCUAUCAAAGUGAUUUUUGUCUGUAAAUUUGUUGGUUUGGGUUUUUUUUAUGUAAAUAUUUAUAAAUGUAUGUAUUUGAUUGAUGUACUUGUUUCCUUCUCUGUGUGAAUGACUGUGUCAGUGUUUGUUUACUGUAUCAUGUGAAAAGAUGCUGCCUGUGGAGAGUAAAGUUAUUGCUGAUACAAAUGA